AUAUAAAGAUAAAAAAUAAAAGAGCGAGGAAGGAGAGGCGUGCAGGUUCUAGAAAGGCAUUUAAGCUGAGUUGGGAGAGAGAGAGAAUUGCGAUUUGGAUCGGUGAGAGAAAUGGCGUUGAAUCCUCAACUCUUUCCUAAUGGGAUGCCCGUCCCUUUCGUCAACGAGAUGUUCGUGUUGGCCAGAGACGGCGUCGAAUUUGAGGUCGACAAGAUCCCUGCUUCUGGUUCUGGAAAUCAUGGAGGUCAUCUCAAAACGAAGGGAACCAUCUAUUUGUCGAACAUACGGAUGGUCUUUGUUGCUAAAAGCCCAGUUGGAAGCUUUGUAGCUUUUGAUAUGCCUUUGCUUUACAUCCAUGGUGAAAAAUUUAACCAGCCAAUAUUUCACUGCAACAAUCUUUCUGGACAAGUUGAGCCCGUAGUCCCAGAUAACCAACACCGAGCUCUUUACUCCACACACUCGUUUAAGAUCUUAUUCAAAGAGGGGGGCUGUGGAACCUUCAUUCCCCUUUUCUUUAAUUUGAUUGCUUCAGUGAGACAGUAUAAUCAACACUCUAAUAUCCAGAUGCAGUCUCAUGUGGAUCCUUUGCAGGCAGCUCAGACUCCAGUUGAUGAGAUGAUGAGACAUGCGUAUGUUGAUCCUAAUGAUCCAACAAGAAUAUUUCUGCAGCAACCCAAUUCUGAUUCUCAGCUUAGGCGUCGAACAUAUCAGCCUCAGGCAGAUGGAGGCCAUGUCUGAGUUUGGAAUUGCACCAUCCUCAAUUUCAUCGUACGAUGUUUAUAUGGCAAUUAUGUAAUAUAUCAAAAUAAAUAAAAAUCUUAUGAGAAACUAUUCUUCAUGUAUGAUCUGCAACUAAUAUUUUAUUACUAAAUUCUAUUUUGUAAGUACAACUUCAUAUUUUUCUCUCGAUUUUUUAUUAUCUUCUAUAAGGAUGAAUUAUAUAAAGCAAAACACAAAUUUGGACUGAAAAUUUGUAUCAAUAUGCUUAUUCAAGUUCAAAUUCAU